GCGGUGUUUAUGGGGGUUGGCUGUGUGUGUAACCUGAUCCCGUAUCUCAUCCUUUUAGGAAUAGAGAAUAUGAAUCUGCUGAAUGAGUGUAAAUCAAGAGCGCUGCGGUACCUUCCCCUGAACUUUAUACACUGGCGCUAGGGAAAGAGAGAGCGAGAGCUGAUGCACAGCACAGGGGAGCAGGGAUGUAAUUACGGGAAGGUGUUGAUGAGAAUAUCUCGGAGAGGAAACACAUUAAAGGGCGUUAGACCCAGAAGAAGGUCCCAAAGGGAUGGCGGAUGUGAUGGAGACUGGUGGCUCUGUGGACUGGCAAAAGCGAUGCGUAGCCCUGGAGACCCAGCUGCUGAAGUUCCGGCUGCAGGCUAGCAAGAUCAGGGAGCUGCUGGCAGAGAGGAUGCAGGAGUUGGAGCUGAGAGUCACAGAGGCGGACCAGCGAGCAGAGAAGGCUGAGAAGCAGGUACAUGUAAUGGAAGAAAAACUGAAGUCGGCAAACGUACAGCCCAGCGAAUCGGAGAACUCUUUGUUCAGGCGGUACCAAGAGCUGUCCAGUCAGGCACAAGAAAAGGAUGAGGUGAUUCAGAGGCUGGAGGUGCAGUUGGAAAAGCAGAACCAUCUGAGAGCACAGGAAGCAAAAAUCAUUGAAGAAAAAGCAGCGAAAAUAAAGGAAUGGGUGACCUUCAAACUACGAGAGCUUGAAAUUGAAAACCACCAGCUAAAGCUUUCCAACUUAAAGCAGUCUGAACAGAUCCAGGUUCUCCAGGACAAAAUUCAGGCGCUGCUGGAAGGUCCUGGGUCAACACUAGGGACAGGAUCACCCCCAUAUGACAAUCCAGCUGGGGUCACAGCCCUCUCCAGGCUGGUCUACUCCCCUGGCAGCCCCACAAGCCCCACAGCUGUUAAGGAGGGCAGGUGGCAGCAUUCAGCACGCUUUUUACCGUCACCAACUCUAAACACCCAAGAUUUGAAGAAAAAGGGGGCAGAAGUGUCUGAAUCUCAACAGAGCUGCCCUACUUCACCUCUCGUCCUGGAGGGCUUUUCAACCCAUGAAAACCAUGACCCCCUCUCUAAGUCUCCAUGUUCUGUGAGAAAGCAGACCAGCCCAGUUACCAUGGUCACAGCAGAAGAUGAGGUUCUGGUCAAGGCUAAAGAUGUCCAAGCAUCACCAAAGUCUGGUUCUUGCAGCCCUGAGGCCUCCCUCGAGCUAGUCACAAGGGGUUUUGGACCAGAGUUGCCAGAAGGUUUGAUCCCAGAGGUGCAGCAGCAGUUGGAGGUUGUUCGGGAUGCCCGUAGCCCCCCAGAGAAGAGAUGUGUGAACCGAUGCUUGGAGCGCGACAAUUCCUUUGAUGAACUGAACAGCAAUAACCUCCACUGCUCUUCAUCACCCAGCAAGGCCAACAUGCCAAGCCUCAUCGUCAUCCCGGCACUCACCCCCAAACACUCUAUCCCUUCCCUGCAGCCUGCUUUCCCCUCAGCUGCUCCCUCUGGGACCAGCAUGACCUUGCCAAAGGUGAGGACACCACUCACACCCAGGGACAGCAUCCAGUUGGCCAAAAAGCACUAUAGCCAGCCACAGCCGGGGGCUGACCGCCUACAUCAUAUCAAUGUCAGCAUUGACAUCAGCUCCUUCAAACCAAUCGCCCUGCCCCCACAGUGCACCCUAGAGGUGGAGGAGACUGACAUCGACGAGGUUCCUGAUAAAAUGGACAUGGAGGAUUGUGAGCAGGGGCCGAGGGAGGAAAGAAUCUCCUUCAUCCCACUCCCAGAGGAGCUGGAGUUCUUUGAUGUGGACGUCAAGCCACCCACUCCUCCUCUGCACAGGUUCCCAUCUUGGGAGAGUCGUAUCUAUGCUGUUGCAAAGUCUGGGAUGAGGCUGUCUGAGGUGACUUUCGGAACGGGAUCUCCCAGUAGAGUUUCCAAUUUGCCGUUGUAUCCAGCCGCAGGCCCCUUCACCCAUCUCAUCUACAAGAAUGUCACCGUGCCUGUGUACACCACACUCAAAGGGAAGGCGACUCAGAUCAGCAACAUCCCCUUCCCAGACGAGUCCUCGGGCUCUGAGGAUGACACCAGCUCUCUGGCCAGCCUCCGUACCUCCACCCUUGGACCCGAAACAAAGAAGAGCAGCACGCCAGGCAGCCCACGGGCCACCAAGAGAGGGGUGUCCAUGUCCUCUGUGAGCUCAGAGAGUGACUAUGCUAUCCCCCCAGACGCCUAUUCUAUCGACAGCAAUUACUCUGAACCGGAACACAAACUGCUGCGGACUUCCACCUACUCCUGUGAGAGUAACACUGCCGAGCCGCUGGAGAAAUCUGGGUACUUGUUAAAAAUGGGUAGCCAGGUAAAAGCAUGGAAACGGCGCUGGUUCGUUUUGAGGAACAGAGAAAUCUUGUACUACAAAUCCCCUAGUGAUGUCAUCCGCAAGCCCCAGGGGCAGAUUGAGCUCAAUUCAUCCUGUCGUAUCGCUCGUGGUGAAGGGGCACAAACCUUCCAGCUCAUUACAGAAAAGAAGACCUAUUACCUGACAGCUGACUCCCCCAACAUUCUGGAAGAGUGGAUCCGUGUUUUACAAAACAUCCUCAAGGUGCAGGCCGCCAGCCUCGUUGUCACGGAGACCACCGCCAAGCCCACCGUCAGAGGCUGGCUCACCAAAGUCAAACACGGCCACUCCAAACUAGUUUGGUGUUCUUUAAUUGGGAAGGUGUUCUUCUAUUACCGCAAUCAGGAUGACAAGUUCCCGCUGGGUCAGCUGCGUGUGCAUGAGGCGAGGGUGCAGGAGGUGGACCGCUCCUGCGACUCGGAUGAGGACUACGAGGCGGGAGGGAGGGGCUUCCUGUCCUCCCACUGCACCCUGGCUGUCUACCCCAAGGAGCAGAGCCCCACCUAUCUGCUCAUCGGGACCAAACAGGAGAAGGACACAUGGUUGUACCACCUGACUGUGGCAGCUGGCAGUAGUGGCGGAUCUAAAGUGGGCACAGAAUACGAGCAACUGAUUGGCAAACUGCUGGACCAGGAAGGGGAUCCAGGUUCCCCCUUGUGGACUCAUCUCAUACUAUGUUACAGUAAAGAUGGACUCCUCGCUCCCCUCACCACCCUGCCUUCACAGGCUCUGCAGACUGAGGCACUCAAGCUCUUCAAGUCAUGCCAGCUUUUCAUCAAUGUCCUGGUUGAGUCUUCAUCCAUCGACUACCACAUGUCUCUGGCCCAGAAUGCUUUGCAGGUGUGCCUAACCCACCCUGAGCUACAGAACGAGAUCUACUGUCAGCUGAUUAAACAAACCUGCUGCAGACAGCCACGUAACUACUCCCUCAUCCAGUGCUGGCAGCUGCUGUCCUUGUGCGUCACCCUCUUCCUGCCUCAGCACCGCUUCCUCUGGUACCUGAAACUGUACCUGCAACGGCACGCAGACCCCAGAAAUGAAGUUGGCAAGUACAUCAUUUACUGUCAGAGAUCAGUGGAGCGCACACUUCAGAAUGGAGACCGGGAAGCUAAACCAUCCCGCAUGGAGAUCAUGUCUAUCCUGCUGCGGAACCCCUACCACCACUCCCUGCCAUUCAGCAUCCCUGUGCACUUCAUGAACGGGACCUACCAGGUGGUAGGCUUUGACGGCUCCACGACGGUGGAUGAGUUCCUAAACACACUGAACCAGGAAACCGGAAUGAGGAAGCCUGUGCUUUCAGGAUUUGCUCUUUUCACAGACGAUCCUCCAGGGAAGGAUUUGGAGCACUGCCUGCAGGGAAAUGUCAAGAUUUGUGAUGUUAUUUCAAAAUGGGAACAAUCAUUAAAAGAACUACAUCCUGGGAAGUAUGAAGGGACCAGAAUAGUUCGUCUGACUUACAAGAGCAGGAUGUGCUUCAGAGCACAAGCAAAGAGGGAGACAGAGAGAGAGCGCCUCUUGCUGGCGUAUCAGAUCAAUGAUGACGUGGUGCAUGGGAGGUUUCCCGUCAAUAAAGAGCUGGCACUGGAAGUCGCAGCCCUGAUGGCCCAGGUGGAGUACGGAGAUUUAGACCGGCCGGUUGCUUCUAGCCCCGGCGGGACUUCACAGGCCAAGAUGCAGCUGCUUCUCCUGCAGGCCCUGGAAAAGUUCUACCCGAAACGCUACAAGCAAGACUCCACCCCCGAGCAACUCCGACGGCAUGCUGACAGGGUUGCGACUAAAUGGAUGGUGUUGCGUGGUUGCAGUGCAGCGGAGUGUGUGCGCAUUUAUUUGACAGUUGCACGCAAGUGGUCUUUAUUUGGAGCCAAACUCUUCACUGUGAAGCCAGUCCCCCCUUCCCCCCUGGAGGAGGCUCCAACAUGGCUGGCUGUCGGUGAGGAUGGAGUCAGUGUGCUGGAACACAACACAAUGCGCCUGGUGAUGACGUACCCCUAUCAGUCUGUGAUGACGUUUGGUGGUUGCUGUGAUGAUUUCAUGAUUGUGGUCAGCCAGCCUAAGGACAGGAGCUCUGGAAAGCGAACUGUUGAAAAACUGGUCUUUGCUAUGGCGAAACCGAAGAUCCUUGAGAUAACGCUACUAAUCGCCAGCUACAUCAACUACUGGACCAACAACCUCCUCUCGUCUUGCCCACACUCUCCUGACCCCGGCUCCCACCUCGGCACCAUGUCUGAGAAGAAGCUCUGGGACAUAGAUAGCAGGCACUUCCCAUCGAUGACCCGCACCACCAAGGGACCCACUCUGCUCUAAGAUGAAUGAGCAAGUUCUUAAAUCAGUGCUGUAGACUUGUGUUGCGCUGGAAAUGACAAAGGUUGAUAAGGUAAAACUGCCAGAAAGUCGGCCUUUGAUCUGUGUCAAGUUUCAACUUGAUGGGAUCUUGAUGAAUCACCACGAAAUUAAACUUGAGUUCUGUGAGAACCAAGGGACCUCAAAUGAUCAAUUUUACAAACUAAUUUCACCAUCUGGAUUCUACUAUUUCGCUGGCAUCCCUAAUCUCAGUACAUCUGAGGUAGCACAAUGAAAAACAAAUUGAUAAAGAUUGCUGUUAAAAACUUACAAGCUUUCAAUAAAGGGGGAACCAACACUAGUAAAUACAUUGAAAUUACUACCUAAAGGAUUAAGAGACAGGCAGCAAGCUCAAUGCCACCGCUGAGUGGUAAAGGACACUGAGUGGAGCAAAAGGGCAAACAUUUCUUUAAACCCUGAGUCAUACACAGUGAAUCGAUGUUUGUCAUGUUGAAGUGUGUCUGACAUGUGGAUUGUUUCCAUAAAUUCAAUUUAGUUGUCGUUUCAGUGGGUACGCAGAUAGAUUACUAAUUGAGUCUUCACUGGUAUUGACUGUAGAGGUCACUCACAUGCAAUUGAAGAAGUUACCAUGUUUUUCAUGGUAGCAUGUCAGUGUCAUCAUAAACCCUUCAGACCUUCCUUUCUAUCAGAAUACUGUACAUUGACUUAGUUGCCCACUUGGGUAGCAUUUAACAGCAUUGGACCAAAUUAGACAAUUUAACCAUACAUUGGUUAUGCCUUUUUUUCUUUUAUUUAGCAUGUUCCUGUUUCCUAUUCUGCUUGCAAUUUUAUGUGACACUGGAUAGAUUCCGAUACCAGGAAUAUAAAUACUUGAACACAGUAAACAAGUAACAGAAUUAAUAGAGUAAAUUAGAUUAAUGGACCAUAAAUUAGUAUUUUGUUUGAAAAUCUGUGGUAUACUUGUUAUGUAAAACCCCUUUCACACUGGCACUCAUACCUGGGUCCGGACCCGGGGCCUGACUAAUCGGAUCACAGUCCUGCAUAGUGCGAAGCCACGUACCUGGGGUGGAUUAACCCAGGUCCCAGUGACCCACCUCAGUAUGUGGGUUGACAUGCUUUGACCCGGGUCGAGCGAGACAAAAUGCUUGAUGGCCGUUCGUGAGUCGACGCAAUAACAAACAGCCACGUCCGCGUGAAAGUUUCACUUCCACAAGGAAUGUUUCUAUUUAUUCUGUUUUUAGCCUUAUUUAUGUUGGUUGAGACACACUAUGAGCCAGAUUACAGCAGGGAUGAAGAAACUUUUUCUCUAAUCAACAUUUGGGCAGAUGGUUCGAUACAGAGAAGCCUGAAUGGAAGCGUGCAUAACAAGCUGCUUCCAGGGCAUUGAUACGCGCAUUGUUUACUUGCGUCUGUUACCCAGGUCAACCAUGCUUUAUCAAAAACAGUGUGAAAUCCUGUACCCGGCCCACAUGACACCGGGUACUGCCCACAUAGGUUCUGAGUCUGGGUAGAUCAUGCCAGUUUGAAAGGGGCUUUUGACAAACAUUGUGCAAUGGUUCAAAAUAUUGAAAUAUUUUGGAUACCUAAAAGGUGGUAUCCUAUUCCAAAUCAACUUGACCUUUUGAUUUUAUACCACUGUUUUUUGUGGUAUAGGUUCUAUGAUAAUGAUCCUACUUGAUCUAUGAUGUAAAUGGUGUAAUAAAAUGGAUUGGACAAACACACUGAUUUGGCUUAGACCCUUGUAAAAACCAUGCCUUGACUGCACUGGUUCAACCUAAUUUCCAUUUUUAAGCGCAAUACCUCUGCUGUGCAGCCAUUUGUCAUGCUUCUCAGGGCCUCUUAUAUUGCACAACUACCGCAGGCCUUGUGUAAUCUACAGCUCCGGAGGCCCAUUCAGAAACCACUGCCUCUAAUCCAUUGUUUUAGGGGGUUAACACAACUGGCAAUAAUAAGUUGUUGGUGAAACUUGAUAGUCUAGAUACCAUGGUAUGUAAUUAGGUAUCACUAAAAGUAAACCGUUGCUAUAGAAACCUGCUGUGCAGUGUGCCCACCUCAAAUGGUCUCAAAAAGGCCGGCUUCCUUGUGAUCCACUUAUUGUUGAUGGUAGGGUUUCUAAGGUGUUAUUACCCAGAAAGCUUACAAAUGUGCACUGCAGUGCAUGAAAGAGACAUGUCAUGCCAUCAACAAAGUAUUUUGAUGCUUAAAAUGUCAAUUUUGUUGCUUUCAGUAUCUUCUAGUCCCUUAGCAAAAUAUACUGCAGUAUCCUGUAAACCUCCUAGAAGCAUUUUUUGUGCCCUAGAAGUUUAAUUUGUUGCCAUAAGGACCAAAAUUAAUGAAUUGAAGAACUGGAAAAUACUUUUAUUAAGCGUUAUUCACAGAACUGUCAUGCAAGAUGCAGUGUGUCCACAUGUGCUUCCUACAAAAAAAAAGUGUUUUGCAAGUAAUAAGUAAAUAAUCAUUUUUGGUGUGCAUGUAUCGCGUACCUCAUUGAUCAUCAUAAAGUUAAUAUUGUGUUGUUCAACCAAGGGCUACCAUGUGUGCUUUCUAAAUACUAUUUGUGAAAAAUACUUGAAUCUCUUGUUUGGAUCAAACCACUGUCUUUUUUUGUAAAAUGGCAAGGAACCUUAUUUAUGUAUAUUUGAGGUGCUGUUUUAAGAAAACCUAGAGCAUAGUUUAUAUUGUAGUUAAUUUAAUAAUUUUAAGGAAUUAAGCUUUUUGUGGACACUUCUGGAGGUACUGGAUUUUUAGAGCAGUUUAGAAUGAUAAAACUAAGUGACUGAAAAUGCUGUUUGGUAAAAUGUAUGCAAGUGUGGGAUUCAAUUGAUGCUGUUCAUGCAAAUUGAAAUAAUGUGUUUUAAAUAAAUUAAAGUUCACUGUUUGCUUUCUGGA